CCGAAACAGGUUCAAAACGCAUAUAUAUGUUUACAGGAGUACUGCACUUUACCGGGCGCACUUUUUCCCGGGUUCCCUAACCCUAAGGAUCGUAAACGGUGCCUAACCCUUUUUCCGAGCAUGGUAAAUCUUAUAUAAAUCAUAUCUAAAUUUAACGAGAUUGGAGCUCAGCGGUCACUUGUCCCAAUGAUAAUAAUGACACUUCGCGAGCAUCUGUUGUAAGGGAGGUCACUCUCGAUUACUUCUCCUGUUAGGCGAAUGGAAAGGAAUGUUGCAGACAAGGUUCUGUCUGAUGUUCACGUGUUCACACCACACGAAACACUCACUGACACCGACGAGAGUGUGAACAGAGUGACCAGAUUCUACUUCAGCCUCCCCCCAGAUGUCUGCAGAGAGUUGUCAGCAGACAUUGUCUCCGACACGUCAGAUCCCAAUGAUGAUGGAGAACUUUUAUUUGAUGAUGAUGGUGAUGUCUUGGUUACUAGGAAACCACUUACAGAAGACAAACAGGUCAUCACAAUCGAACACAUGAUGGAGACCAAACUUGAUGAUGUUGGACUACAAGUUUGGCAGGGUUGUCUCCUUCUGUGCGACUUUGUCCUUCACCUUCACAAAGAGUUCAAGGGCAACAAGGUCUUGGAUUUGGGGGCCGGUGUUGGUCUCACAAGCAUAGUGGCAGGACUGUUUGCAGAGUCUGUUCUAGUCACAGAUGUGGGAGAAACGAUCCUAAGUGCAUCAGAAUGCAACAUUGCCUUGAACAAACCACUACUGGGUGAAGACUGCACUUUCAGAGUUAAAGAACUUAACUGGUUGAAGUUCAGUGGACCCAAAGACAGUUGUUCUGAUGUUAGAGCCUGCAGAUUCAAGAUGACAGCAGAUGACCACGCAUUGCUGGACAGUGUCAGCCUCAUUCUGGCAGCUGAAGUAAUAUAUGAUCCAGACUUAACUGAUGCUUUCUUCUCUACGGUAACACAACUCAUGUCCAGACCACCAGCAAAGACUCUCUACAUGACUCUAGAGAAGAGACUGGUGUUCACGCUGGCUGACCUGGACGUAGUCAGUCCUGCUUACGAACAUUUCCGUGAGAUGAUACAAGAACUGUCGGGUUUGUGUGUUGAUGGAGUCACCUUCCACUGCUGCCAGAUCCAUUGUGACUUUCCCCAAUACUUCACGUAUGAUCGGCACAAACACCUGGAGCUGUGGCAAAUAACUUCCUGUAUGGCUGAAUGAAUCUUACAGCAGCAUGGGGCAUAUGUGGCCCAGUGGUUCAAGUCAUUCAGAGUUGCGUCACUGAAGAGAUCCAAGAAUUGCCCAUCAGAACCAUACUCAUAGGUUUCACACAUGUGAUAAGGGUCUGUUUGGGCCGUACUCACACACUUUAAAGUUUGACAUACCGUUCUACCCAACUGGCCAACUCAAAAUCAUCAAUGUGAGGCUGAAGACUCAUACUGCUCAAAUUCCAGACCAGGAUGUGAGAGAAAGGGUUCUGGCACUUACUGUCAGCAGGAUGUAGGUACCACCUUGCCCCAAUAAUGGCGAGAAAAGAUGGUCACUGACUGUAGCCGGGCUGCAGGGACAGGCUCAUCUUAGUGAUGCAGAGAAAAGGUUCUGGCAUUCACUGAUCAGGAGACAAUGUAGCCAGGGAUCCAUUCCACAAAGCAUUCAUAGCACUUUGCCAGUCAUAAGCCCAUGAACAAGUACAGAGAUGUGAUAGGUUGUGACAUUUCAAAUGCUUUGUGGAUCAGGACCCAGGAUGAUGGUAUCAGCCCAUCUCAAAAUGCAGAAAAAGGGUUCUCAAGUUCCUGAUCUGGGAACAUGUAACCAGGAUAAUAGUACCAGCCCAAAUCAUGGAUGUAGAGGAAUGGUCUGGCAUUAACUGAAGGGAUCAGGAGCACAUUUUUCUAUUUUUGUAGACUCAAAAUUGAACUGAACUGUAGCUGACACCACUUCUGACACCAUGUAGCGUUCUGUGUAUCUUGAGAUUUGAAUAAACACAGAGCUGUCAUGGGUACAGGUCGGACAUGUUGCUUUACUCAUUUAACCUGCUUUACAGUGCAAGGGAGAUAACUCUCGUAGAAGUGCAUAUCAGUACGUGAACUAGUAACUACUGCUAAAACAACUGGUGUGACAAGGUGGACAUUGCUUCUAUGGUCCAGUCAUAUUGACCAAUGGUCAGCGGUGGAGUUUGAUGCAUUGCCCAUGUUCAUUUGUGCACCAAUAUGUUUUUCUAUACAAACUUUACAAUGUGAGGACAGUUCACUGCCCUUGGCAGUUAUGUAUACUAAAAUUUUGGGAACAUCUUA